AUGGUUCGCCGGAAAACAUCUGACUCUGAUGAGCAACAAAAUACAAUUAGUGAUCGCAUAAGUUUCGUAUUCGAAGAGACAACAUUCCACUGGAGCGAAUGGGAUCAACAAAUCAUUCUCGGUUCUUAUUGGGCUGGUUACCUAUUGACUCUCAUUCCAAGUGGUUGGUUAUCAAUAUCCUUGGGAGCAAAACUAAUGUCUGCCAUUGCAAUUUUCCUUAGCUCAUCAGCUACAAUCGCGCUUAUUAGUAUUUAUUACUUCGAAAAUAUUUCAUUUCUACUUGUUGUUAGCUUACGAAUACUCAUCGGUGCUGCUCAUGGUACUCUCUUUCCAGUCACCUAUACACUUUGGUCACAAUGGGCAGUACCUAACGAACGCGGCACUUUGGCAUCAAUCGGUUUUUCUGGAACCAACAUCGGAACGUCACUGGCAGUCCUUGUCGGUGGUCUCUUUUGUCGUUAUAUAGAUUCCGGUUGGAUCUACACAUUUCUUCUAUCAGGUAUUCUUGGCUUUAUCUGGUUACCAUUAUGGUUAUGGCAGGUGUCUGAUGCGCCAGAAAACCAUCGAAGUAUUAGUAAUGCCGAACGAGAAUACAUUGUUGGUAUCAUCGGAAAAAAUUCACAGCGUCGUUCUAUAUCAUUAUCUGCAUUGCCGUGGAAGACUAUUGUCCGUUCAAAGCCGAUUAUAGCAUUAUUCCUAACGGAAACAUGUCAACUUUUCGCCUUAUUUUUCUUUCUUACUAAUUUCGGCAAAAUUCUGCGAGAAAUUCAACAAAUUCCUAGUCAAUAUACCGGUUAUAUACUAGCUUGUGGAUUCAUCUUCAUGUUAGUCGGAAAUAUAUCAGCAGGUUUUUCGUAUGGCUCUGGUUAUAUUGUGAACUAUGCAGAUGUUGUACCGGCAUAUGCUGGUUUAAUUUUUGGCAUCGUCACUACAAUUUCAUCGUUUGGCGCAGUAAUCGCAAAUAUAAUAGCAGGAAUCGUGAUUAAACAGCCCAUACUUGAAGACUGGAGAAAAUUGUAUAUUCUCUUCGGUAUUGUUUAUCUUGUCGGUGGACUAGCUUUCAUGUUAUGGGCUUCAGCUACACCAGAGAAAUGGGCUACUUUGGAAUCUCAACAAGAAAAAGAAACUAUCGAAGAGACAGUACCAAUGAAAGAGAGUGAACCGAACGAUAUUGGAACUCGGAGGGAUGAACAUUUGUAUAUCAAUGCUUAG